UUUUGAAAAUGAACAGUUUGGCCCGAGGGCCGAGGCCCUGCGUCUCCUCCCUGUGCCGUUGCCUGGAAAACUCGACAGUGCGGCAAUGCCAGCAGCCAAAACAAUUCCAAGCUCGUAAGAAUAACAACGGUAACAUCAGCAACAUCAAGAAGAUCAGCAACACAUUGAAAAGUACGUUCCUAGGCACUAUUGGUAGUACUUUGGGCCCGCGUAGUGCGGCCGCCCGAUCGUUUGCGUCUGCAUGGAGUCAAUGAGACGUAACGAGGCGAACACUAGCCACCACCCGAAUAAGGUGGCCCUGAAUAGCAGCAACGUAGCAACGGAAAGCAAUAUUAAGAAUAAAUUGUUAGCUAAUUUAAGUGCGGCAAACGCAGCAACAACAACGUCAUCAUCAUCGGUAGCAGCAACGGGAGCAGGAACAGCGGCUACAGCAACAACAAAUUCAACGGCAGCAGGAACAACAACAACAACGGCGGCCACAAACCAAGCAUUGAAUUUCAAUAACAAAGUGAAGGCAACAACAGCAACGAAUCAUUCGCAAGGCAACAGUGCGAUUAAGAAGCAUUCAAAAUUAAUUGGCGGUGGCAAGGGACACACAAAUAAUACAACGACAACAAGCAACAACAGCAACUCAACAACAUCGUCGAGCAGCAGCAGCAGUUCGUCAUCCAAUUCAAGUGAAUCAAAGGAUACGAAUUUUGAGUACGAGGACGAGUGGAAUAUUGGCGGCAUUCCAGAGCUGCUAGACGAUCUUGACGCUGACAUUGAAAAGUCGGCGGCGCAUUCGGGUGGUGGCAACAACCAAACGACAGCGACGACGACAACAACAGCAGCAGCAGCAGCAACAUCAUCGACAACGUUAAAUGCUAAACAAGCAAACAGCUCAACAGCAGCAACAUCCUCAUCAGCAGCAGCUCACAAAUCGCACAAGACCACAUUGCAUAGCAAUUUGUCGGCCACAUCGCCAACCACAAUUAAGUUCACACGCCAACCCAUUGCCAGUGGCAGCGUCUCGUCAACGCCAUCGCCAGCGGCAACAGGCUCCAGCAGCAGUAGCGGAAGCGGCAGCAGCAACAGUUCAGCUGCUUUGUCCAGCAGCAAAGGAUCGUCAUCAACGGGCAAACACCAUCAUCAUCAUCACCACCACCACCAUCAUCAUCAUCACAGCACUGCUGGCAACAGCCCCAAGGGCUUCAAGUCUGCAUUAGUGGCACAACUGAAUAGUCCGGGACUUAAUCACAACAACAACAACAACAAUAACAACAGCCAGCAUCAAAACAACAACAGCAGCAGCGGCAGCAGUAAAAGCAGCGGCAGCACAUUGUCAUCCUCGACUUUUGCCGGCUUCUCCAAGGGCGGCAAUUUAGUUUCGUCCUCCCUCAGCCAGUCUUCCUCGAACUCGAGCGGCAGUGGUCAGCAAGGCAAACUCUCCGCUGGCGGCAUGUCCUCGCAAACGGGCAGCGGCAGCGGCAGCAACUCGAGCAAUAACAACAGCAGCAGCAGCAACAACAGCAGCGGCGGCAACAAUAGUGCCGGCAACAACAGCAGUAGCAACAACAGCGGCAGCAUAGGCAGUAGUGGGAUUGGGGGCGCCACGGUUAGUGGCCAAAGUUCGCAAGGCGGCAGCGGUAAAUCGAGCGCAAAAAUGUCCAUUGAUCAUCAGGCAACGCUCGAUAAAGGACUCAAAAUGAAGAUCAAACGCACCAAGCCCGGCACAAAGAGCUCCGAGGCCAAACACGAGAUAGUCAAGGCCACAGAUCAACAGCAGCAGCAACAGCAGCAGAAUGGCGGCCUUGGCAACAACAGCUCUGGCGGCGGCAGCAGCCAACAGGACGAUGGUGGCAACAGCAGCACCAGCAACAGCAGCGGUGGCGGCAGCAGCAAUGCGAAUGCGUCUUCCCUUAGCAACAGCAACAACAAUAGCAGCAGCAGCAACAGCAACAACAGCUCGAGCGGCGCCAGCGGCAACUCUUCCAGUUCCAGCAGCAGCAAAAAGCAUUUGAAUAAUUCCAGCAACAGUAGCAACAGCAGCAGCGGCAGCAACAGUGGCGGCAGCGGCAGCAAUCAAAACAAUGCACACGGCAGCAGCAGCAAUAACAGCGGCAGCAGCAGCAACAGCAACGCACAGUCAACGCCGCAGGGCAACAAACGUGGCAGCUCUGGACAUCGGCGCGAGAAGACUAAGGAUAAAAACGCACAUUCCAAUCGCCUCAGCGUUGACAAAUCAUCGGCAGCAUCGGCGGCCGGUGAGAAGGAUACGCCCGAGAAGAAUACCAACAACAGUGGCAGCAACAACAACAGUGGCAGCAACAACAGCAGCAGCAGCGGCAACAGCAAUUGCCAGUGCAACGGCGAUGUUGCAGCGACAGCAAACGCUCCCCCGUGUGCCCAUCAUGCCUGCAUUCGACGCAUCUCCAAUGCCAGCAGUGGCAGCAACAGCAGCGGUGCCAGCGGCAACUCCUCAGCAUCGGCCGUGCCACCGGGCGUAUUUACGCCAUCGGCUGGUUCGCCAGCUGCUGUUGUCUCGGCGGCGGCAUCAUUGCUGGCUGCCACAACGGCGGCCACAAAUGCCGCACAGUCGUCGGCGGGUGGCGGCGGAGGCAACAGCGUUAAUCCGGGUGCAGCCAAUGCACCGGGUCCGCCGGGCAAAGAUGCCAGCAUUAAAAUCUCCUCACACAUUGCCGCCCAAUUGGCGGCAGCAGCUGCCUCCAGCAGCAGUGGCGCUGGCAACGGCAGCAACAGCAAUGCCAACAGCUAUGGUCAAGGCAGCGGAGGAGCCGCUGCUGGUGGCACUGGAGCUGGUGGCAAUGCGGAGAGCAAAGCGGCCAGCUUGGCACAGGCCAAGCUAAUGGCACCCGGCAUGAUCUCAGCCACGAUGCACCACACAAUUUCAGUGCCCGCCGGCAGCUGUGGCCCCAAUGCUGGGGACGAGGAGAGCAAAUCUCCACCGGCAAAGCGGGCCAAGCACAGUGAUGGCAGCAAGGAUAUGGUCGACAUAUGCAUUGGCACCUCUGUCGGCACCAUCACCGAGCCAGACUGCCUGGGACCCUGUGAGCCUGGCACCUCGGUCACCCUCGAGGGCAUCGUUUGGCACGAGACUGAGGGCGGCGUUCUGGUCGUCAACGUAACGUGGCGCGGCAAGACCUAUGUGGGCACCCUGCUCGAUUGCACCCGACACGAUUGGGCUCCUCCAAGAUUCUGUGAUUCACCAACUGAAGAAUUAGAUUCUCGAACUCCAAAGGGACGCGGAAAGCGCGGACGCAGCGCCGGCCUCACGCCCGAUCUGAGCAACUUCACUGAAACCCGAAGCUCGAUUUACUUCUCACAUGCCCAGGUGCACUCAAAGCUGCGCAACGGGGCAACCAAGGGACGCGGCGCGACGCGCAGUGCAUCGGGUAAUGCGGGCAACAGUGGCAGCUCGUCGGGCAACGGCGGUGGCGGUGGCGCCACGCCAAGCACAUCGCCAACAGCAUUUCUGCCACCGCGGCCGGAGAAACGCAAAUCGAAGGACGAGGCGCCGUCACCGCUCAAUGGCGAUGGCAACGCCGAUGGAGCCGGCGGCAUGGUGAGCAUGGUCAAUGCCAGUGGCAUUCCAAUCUCGGCCAGCGGCGGUGGCUUGGCCACACAGCCGCAGAGCCUGCUCAAUCCAGUGACCGGACUCAAUGUGCAAAUCAACACAAAGAAAUGUAAGACUGCCUCGCCGUGCGCGAUCUCACCGGUGCUGCUCGAGUGUCCCGAGCAGGACUGCAGCAAGAAGUACAAGCAUGCCAAUGGCCUGCGCUAUCAUCAGUCGCAUGCGCAUGGCGCCAGCGGCAGCAGCGGCGGCGGCGGUGCCAGCUCCAUGGACGAGGACUCGAUGCAGGCGCCCGAAGAGCCAGCGACGCCACCAUCACCGCUUCCAGCAGCCGCUGCCACACAGGCAGCAACAGUUGCUGCCGCUGCGGCGGCGGCCACAACAACUGCCGCAGCAGCAGCAGCAACACCCAUAGCAGCAACAGCAACAUCGCCGCCAGCCAACAGCACAGCUGUGGCCAAUGGCACAACAGCAGCCACUGCCGCAGCGGCAGCAACAGUUGCAACAGCGUCGCCAGUUGCUGUGCCCGAGCAUGUUGCCGCAGCAGCAGCAACUGCAGCGACUGUGGUCAACAGCAGUGUUCCAGACGCGUUGCCAGCUCUGCCUUUGGUUGUCUCAGCGGCGGCAGCAAAUGCAGCCUCUGUGGUGACAACAAAUGCAGUGCAGCAGCAACAACAACAGCAGCAGCAGCAGCCACAGCCGCCGACACCACAACAGCAACAACAACAACCGCAACCACAGCAACAACCACAAGCAUUGCUGGCGCCAGUUGUUGGCACUGCUGGCAAUCAGCCUGUGGCUGGUGGCAGCAUCACAGCUGGCAUCUCAACACAAGCACUGUCGCAGCAUCAGCAGCAACUGCUUGGCGGUCUUGUGGGCAACUGUGGCGCCGGAUUGCCGGCCAUGUUGUCGGAGCAACAGCAACAGGCCUUGCUGCAGCAAGGAGCAUUGAAAGCGGGCGUGCUACGCUUUGGGCCACCAGAUGCAGCUGCUCUGCAGCAGCAGCAACAACAACAACAGCAGCAGCAACAGCAAGGACCAGCAUCACAACAGUCGCCGCCUGGACAGAGUCCAUUGCGGCCGCCCAGCCUGACACAGGAUGCACAACAAGCGCCGCCUGGCUACGCACAACAGCAGCAACAACAACAGCAGCAGCCGCCGCCAGGCCUCAAGAGCUCGCCAGGCUUUGGCCCUGGCUCUGUGGGCGCCAGCAUUAAGCCUAAGAAGAACCGCAAGUCGCCGGGACCCGGUGACUUUGAUGGCAGCGUGUCGCGCGACGAUGUGCAGAGUCCAGCGUACAGUGAUAUAUCGGAUGACUCGACGCCGGUGGCCGAUCAGGAGAUGCUCGACAAAUCGCAGCCGGGCAAGCACAUCGAGCUGAUGGGCAAGAAGCCCAGCGAGUUGGGCGUGCCACCAGCACCAGCGCCCAAUAUGCCGCCAUCGUUGGCGGGCUAUGGCAUGUAUCAGUUCUAUCCGGCGGCACAGCAACAGCAGCAGCAGCAACAACAACAGCCGCCGCCACCGCAGCCACAGCCGCAGUAUAUGGUGCAGCCAGGUGGACCGGAGGCACUGCAACAGCCGGGCAAGCCGUCACAGCAGCAGCAGCAAAUGCAACAGCCAGGCGCUCCGCCAGCUACCUCACAGGCACCGCAGCAGACGCAUCUGCUGGCGCCGCCGCCACAGCAGCAGGCAGUUGGCCAUUUAGCUGACUAUAGCAACAAGAACAAGGAGCCGCCAUUGGAUCUGAUGACAAAGCCGCCAACGCAAUCAGUUGCCCAGCAGCAACAGCAGCAACCAGGUCAGAAUGACAACAAUGGCAAGGACUCGGGACCGCCCACAUCACAGGCGGGUCAAGUGCAGCCGCCGCCGGUUAAUCUCAGUGCUGUGGCUGGACCGCCACCGACUGGCUUGCCGCCUGGCAUGGCUGGCCUGGCCGGUCUAGGUGGUCCAACGCCAGGCAAAGCGCUGGGACACUUCUAUCCCUACAACUUUAUUCCGCCGGGUUAUCCUUAUAGUGUGGAUCCAAACUUUGGUCCCGUUUCGAUAGUGCCCUCGGAUGAGGCUGCCAAGCUGGCUGGCCAUCCUGGGCUCCCGCCCAGCUCACAGGCGCAACAACAGCAGCAAUCGCAGUUGGCCGGCAUCAGCAUUGAGGAGGAGCGCAUCAAGGAGAGUCCCAGUCCGCAUGAGAACUCCAAGCAUUUGCCACCACAGCAGCAGCUGUUGGCCAACAAGCUGAUCAAGCAGGAGCCGAUGAUCAAGCAGGAGAUCAAGCAAGAGCCCAACUCGAAUCCGGGUCAGCAACAGCCGCCGCCACAGCAUCAGCCACAGCAGCAGCCACAACAACCACCGCCACAGCCACAGCAACCGCAUGCACUGCAUCCCAAGGAUCUGCAGGCAUUGGGCGCCUAUCCCAGCAUCUAUCAGCGUCAUUCCAUCAGUUUGGCAGCAGCCCGUGAAGAAGAGCUGCGACGCUAUUACAUGUUCACGGAUCAACAGCGUCGUCAGAAUGCCGCAGCUGUGGCAGCGGCACAAGGUGCGCCUGGCAUGCAGCCGCAUCCUGGUAUGCCGCAACAGCACAAGGAUGAGGCCAGCUUGAGUGCACAGCAACAGCAGCAGCAACAACAGCAGCAGGCACAGCAGAUAUCCAUUGCACAGCAACAGCAGGUGUUGCAGCAGCAUCAUCAGCACCUGCAGCAGCAGCAGGCGCAGCAACAACAACAGCAGGCCCAGCAGCAACAGCAGGCGGCACAGCAGCAACAACAGGCACAACAGCAACAGCAGCAACAACAACAGCAGCAGAAGCUGAAGCAGUCGCAGGCGGCCAGCGCAUCGGCCAACAACAAGGCCACGAAUCUGACCAAGGAGUCGCCCAAGCAGAAGGGCAACUCGGCGGACGAUGAUCAGCAGCAGCCGCCGAAGGUGAAGCAGGAGGGCCAGAAACCCACCAUGGAAACACAGGGUCCGCCGCCACCGCCAACCUCGCAAUACUUCCUGCAUCCCUCGUACAUCUCGCCGACGCCGUUUGGCUUCGAUCCCAAUCAUCCCAUGUACCGCAAUGUGUUAAUGUCGGCCGCCGGGCCGUACAACGGUGCGCCGUAUCAUCUGCCCAUACCACGCUAUCACGCGCCCGAGGAUCUAUCGCGCAACACGGGCACCAAGGCGCUGGACGCACUGCAUCAUGCGGCCAGCCAGUAUUACACCACGCACAAAAUACACGAGCUGAGCGAACGUGCUCUCAAAUCGCCCACCAGCGCCAGCGGUCCCGUCAAGGUCAGCGUCAGCAGUCCCAGCCUCGGUCCACCGCAGCCCGGCGGCGGUCCCAGCAACAGCGGACCUGGUUCGGGGCCCAAUGUACUGGGCGGCAAUGGUCCCAGCCAGCCGGGCUCAGCGCCUGGCGGUGCCGGGGGCGUGCCACUGAAUCUGCAGCCACCACCGGGCAGCCUGGGCGGUCCACCGUCCAGCAAAUCGGAUAUGGCUGGCCAAAAGUCACAUGGCGGGGCGCCCGGCACAGUGCUGGAUGCGCAUAAGCAACCGUUGCCUGGAGCGCCGCCUCUAGGCGCCGGUCCGCCUGGCAGCUCGGCUGUGGGUGUGGGUGUCGGUGGUGCUGGCAAUGGAGCGCCCGGUGGCGCCGGUGCCGCGGAUUCGCGUAGUCCGCCGCCACAGCGACAUGUGCACACACACCAUCACACACACGUAGGACUCGGCUACCCCAUGUACCCGGCGCCCUAUGGAGCUGCCGUUUUGGCCAGCCAACAGGCGGCUGCAGUAGCUGUGAUAAAUCCAUUUCCGCCGGGACCGUCGAAAUGAGAACCACUGAACGGCAGCAACGAGAAGAAGGCCUACAAUGUGAAAAACAAUUAGCGACAGCUCCGUGUGGAUGUGAAUGAGUGGAUAAGGGAUUAGGGAUGAAUCAAGUGGUUCAACAUGGAUAACUAAUCUGAUCCCUGACAACAAACAAAACAAGAAAAUGCAUUUGCUAUUAGUGCUUGGUGUGCACACUGAUAUAUACAAAAACAUACACACACAAUAAACACACACACAUAAAGCAUAUACAUAUAGUAAAUAGAUUAUUUUUACAAUGUUAAACAACCACAACAAGGCACCCCAACAACAACAACAACCACAGCAACUAGUAACAACAACAACAACAAAAUGAAAGAAACGACUAUUUAAAUGCAUAAGUAUUUUUUGUAUGUUUCGUUUAACGUGUUAACUAUAAAUGUAGAAAAGUAAGGCCUAAGUUAUCACUACUAUUACCACAUAAAAACCAACCACAACAACAAAAAAGAACAUAUAUAUAUAUAUACAUAAACAUAAACGAUAUGAUGAUAAUCUAGCAUAACUUCAAAUUAGAGAUGUUUUUCCUAAGUGUAUUUUGCAUAUACUUAUAAAUUUAUAUAUAAUUAUAUACAAGAAAUAUUAUUAUAUUAUUAUUACUAUUAAACAUAAAAACAUAAUAUAAUUAUAGUUACAUAUAUUUAUAUAUAUAUAGAUAUAUAUUAUUAUACGAGAGAGGCGUAAAUCGAACAUGAACAAAACGUAUGAAAAAACCGUAGUGUGUUGAUUUCUUGUAAAAAAACAAAAACUAAACUAAACAAACAAAACAAAAAACAAAUUGAUACAAUGAAAAGAAACUUAAUCUUAAUAUUGUUUAACGAUUAUCGAUUACCAAUUACAUAUUACCAAUUACAAACAACAAAAAGAAAAAAACAAAAAUACAGUUUACAGAUUACCAAUUAUAUAAAAUGUAGAUCUUACAACAAAUUUAGCAUUUAGCAGUGUGUAUUAAUUAAUCCUUAUCUGUGUUGCGAAUGGAGCUAGCGCAAUAUUUGCAUCUAAAAGACAAAGGGCGCGCGCCCCAUUCUUUAUAUUCUUAUGUAUGUAAUGUAAUGUGUGUACUAUUCGUAUCCGUAGUUUAUUGACAACAAACAAACAAAAAACAUGAAAAGCAAAAUCUACAAAAAAAAAAAACAAACAAACAAACGAAAUACAUUUUCCUUUUGUGAAUUUCUCGGCCGAAGAUGUGCCGGCAUUAAUUUAAAAUUUAAAUGUUUCUAAGUAUCAAAACCGAGUGUACUUUAAAUAUUUAUAAUUCUAUAAAAAACAAAACAAACAAUACAUCAUGUAUGUAAACAUUAUUAUAAUUCGAAUUAUGAUAUGUGUAAUUUACAUUUACUGCAGUAUAUGAAUGUGGGUAGUGUGUGUUGUAGUUCACUAGCCGCUUCAUAGACUACACGCGUGAUUUAAUGGCACUUAAUGUUUUAUAGCCUAAGCCCCGAAAAAACAAAACAAAAACAAACAACAAGAAUACAAAACUACAUACACGAAGAGAACACACACACAAUUCUUUAGAAUUUAUCAAUAAAAA